AAAUAACUCGAUCUUCUUGAAAUUGUGAGUGGUUUAGCGAAGAGCGUGAGGGAUGACGACGGCCAUGGCCUUCGGUUAUCCUUCUUGUGCCACUUUAACAGCGCCCGCGCCAUCCCCUCGGCUUCUUGCCUCCUCUAACUGCCUGUUCUUCACCGGAAGCCCGGGCAGGGCCUCCCUCGCCGUCGCCCUUCGCCCCCGCCCCCAACGCCUCCGGCAGUCAUGGGGCGGCGGCGCCCUAGGCUGCCGAUGCCUGUUUGGCCUCGGGGUUCCUGAGCUCCUCGUUAUCGCGGGGGUCGCCGCGCUCGUAUUCGGCCCGAAGAAGCUCCCCGAGAUCGGAAGGAGCAUCGGCAAAACCGUUAAGAGCUUCCAACAGGCAGCAAAAGAAUUUGAAACUGAAUUGAAGAAAGAUCCUGACGAUUCCAGUACAAUGCUUCCAGCUGAAAGCUUGAAAUCUGUAAGUGGUGAAGACGAGAGAAAAAAACUAGAAACAUCAGCCUCGGAAGACACUUGAUGGUUGUGGUUACUUAUUUUGGUUCUGAUGUUGUAUGAUAGGGUUCAUUUCCUCCAUUCUCUAGAGCAACGGAAAUGAGACUCGAGUUAGAGAAAGUUAUUAGCAUUUCUUGAAAUCGUGUUUGCGGUUCUUCAUAUGUUUGUUUGGAUAGAUAUGCAAUUAUAAUGUCAGCAUUUGUUAGUUUA